AUGAACCCCAUCGUAAAUCUACAGCAUCUUUCUCAAUUACAACUCAUGUAUAACUUAUCCACUUUUCGUCUUCAUUCACCUAUAAAAUACAGGGUAAAUACUACACUUUUCUUCCUUCUUUUCUUCGCUAUUAUAGAAGCUUCCGCUCCGCUAUGUACAUUACUUCACCACCUUGAUUCCUACCGCCUCUGCCGUCAGGAUCACCGCUCCACAGAUCGCCUUCAAGUCAACCUCCUUGUGUCUAUCGUCGGUUUUUUUGAUCUUGGCUAUUUCGUAUAUAUGCUUCAACGACACUUCUCCUACAUGAUUAUGAGUUGGUUUAUCUGCUCCUUUGGUUACGUUGGCGGCCUUGAACAAGAGCCAGGACGUGGGCGGCGACUUCAUCUCAAACGUGAACGUACGGUCGGGUUUCACCGUCAAAAGACAUGGAACUGGAGUGCCGGGUUGAAGAUUGGCGGUUCUCGCAUUGAACUCUUUGCAAAAAUCUAUGGCCUUGACACCCUUGGAACCCAACGCCGGACCCACUGGGGGGGCGGGCGCGGCCUGGCCAGCUCCCACGAUCAAUUUGACCAUGACAUUCUUGGCGGACAUCGCAGAAAGUUGAGGUGA